AUGGCGCGUCUGCUACGAUCUAUCAUCACCGUGGCGCUUGCCGGCCUCCCUGUAGCUCACAGUACAAGUACCAUCGGCUCGACCGUAACUUCUGCCUCCAACGUCUCGGGCAUAGAGGUAGACGUGAUCUUUCCCAUUCACAACUCAACCUAUAACAUCACCGAAUCGCUUCCCAUCGUAUUCGCCCUACAGAACCUAACAGCUGCAGCGGCCCUCGGGCCAUUCACUUUCAGCUGGGACAUUAUGCCAUAUGGCAACGUCGGUGGAAUCCAGGAGCCCGGCGGCGUUCUGAACGAUGUCGCGAGCGUUUACUUCACUGCUGCUAAUGCCACUGCCGAGCCGUAUAUUCUCGUCAAUCAGACGAAUGUGCAGAAAUGGUAUUACGGGCCAUUUUAUCCGUACGGCUCUGUAUACGCGCUGCAGUGGGCUAUAAUAUGGGAUGACCCUGUCAAGAUAUGUGAUUCCAAUCCGCUAGACUUGCUUGGAACGCUCUUUUUCAACAUCGACAUCAACAGUCCGGAACCCAAGAUAGCGAACGUGACAGGGCAAUGUCCCCAGCUAGGCGCUGUAUAUGAGAUUAGCACGGCAUCUCUGAACAGCUCUUGCUCGGCGGUAGUGAGCAAUAAUGGUACCGGGAACCCUUGUACUGUCACUGUUGAUCAGACGAUGGUGGCGAACAUCUCGAGCACCUUGCGGAGCCUUGUUGCGGCGUCAACAGCCACGCCAUCUGCUAGCGCUACAACCCCAUCUUCCACAGCAAAGCACAGUAUUGCUGUUGGCUCUAAUGUUCCACUAUCAUAUAUAUUGGCGACUGCAUUCAUUGGGGCUCUUCAGAUGGUAAUGUGA